ACUAUGCUUUCACAAUCGCAAAUCUCUCUGGAACACCCGCAUCACCAAAGUGCCACGUAAACAUUGCAGGGCACAGCGUAUCCGUCAUGAUAGACUCUGGCGCUUCUGUCAAUAUCCUCGAUGAUGCCACCUUUAACAAAAUUACCCGCAACAAAGGAAUCAGUCUUGAACAAACAAACCACAAAAUUUAUUCCUAUGGAUCACUACGUCCACUACCACUAAAAGGAGUUAUCAAAACCAACAUUUCCACUGAUUUUAAGCACCUUUCUGCCCAAUUCCAUGUAGUUCACGGGAACUCUGGAAAUCUGCUAAGCUACACCACCGCCUGCCAACUCAACUUGCUCAAAGUUACGAUCAACAGCACUACCCAUCACAUACCAUCAACUAAUCAGUAUCCCCCAGAGUUCGAAUGCCUCUUCUCUGGCAUUGGAAAGCUAACUGGUAAAACUGUUAAACUGCACAUUGAUCCUGAUGUUUCCCCCAAACAACAACCCCACCGUCGAAUCCCAUUCCACGUUCGAUCUGAUGUCGAGAAAGAGCUCAAACGGCUUGAAGAGUUAGAUAUCAUCGAAAAGGUUGAUGGACCAACACCAUGGAUCAGUCCCAUUGUGGUCGUCCCGAAAAAGUCGGGCGAAGUCCGAAUAUGUAUUGAUAUGCGUGAGGCCAACCAAGCGGUCAAACGAGAAAAACAUUUGAUGCCCACAAUCGAUGACCUGGUAGCUGAUUUAAAUGGUGCAGCCGUGUUUACAACUUUGGAUCUAUCCUCUGGCUACCAUCAACUUGAACUUGCAGAAGAAAGCCGGCACAUCACCACGUUCAGCACACACCUCGGCCUUCGAAGGUACAAACGACUUCUGUUCGGCAUCAAUGCCGCCUCUGAGAUCUUCCAAAACACCAUUGAAGAGCUGCUGACUGGCCUACCAGGCUGUAAGAACAUAUCCGAUGAUAUAAUCGUUUUUGGCAAAGAUCAAGCCACUCAUGAUGCCAACCUCCGUCAAGUCCUUGAAAGGCUAAAGUCCCACAACCUUCGCUUAAACAAAGAGAAGUGCCACUUUUCGAAAUCGGAAGUAAUGUUCUAUGGUCACAUUUUCAGCGCGGAAGGACUACGCCCCGACCACAAGAAGGUUGAAGCUAUCCAGAAUGCCACACCUCCGCGUAGUUCAAGUGAAGUCAAAUCUCUCCUCGGAAUGGCCCAGUACCUGUCACGCUACAUACCCGGUUAUGCUGAUAUCACAGCUCCUUUGCGUGCCUUGACAAAAGACGACGCAACCUGGAAAUGGGAAGAAAUCGAGCAAGCAGCCCUUGACAAUCUCAAGAAAGCUUUCACUGACAACCAAGUCAUGUCAUGCUUCGAUCCUCACCAAGCCACAGAAGUGAUUGUUGAUGCAAGCCCUGUUGGUCUUGGUGCACUGCUAGUCCAAAACGACAAAGUUAUCUGCUAUGCCAGCCGCGUCCUGUCUGAUGUCGAAACUAGAUACUCUCAGACUGAGAAAGAAAUGCUCGCA